UAUCGAGCAUCGUCCAUGGCGGCCGCCGCCCCGGUGGCCCCCGGGAGCGGACGCGUCGGCCGGCCGCGGGCGCCACGGGUGGGGCUGGGCGCUGCAGGAGCCGCGGCGGCGGCGGCGGGGGAGGGGCCGUCGUGCCUCUACGUGGGACCCAUCGAGACGGCCAGCCAGGAGAGGCUCGAGGCGCUCUACCGCCAGGCCAGGGAUUCGUACUACAGUGGCGAGCCUCUGAUUGUCGACGACAUGUUCGACAAAGUCGAGUUGAAGCUCCGGGUCUACGGCUCCCCAUCGGUGGUAAAAUACCCCCGCUGCAGCCUCAAGCGGCAAUCGGCGUACGCGGACGCUGAGGAGGACAACUCGUUGAUUAUGGCGCUGUCGAGCAUCUGGAUGCUGCUGCUCCUGUUCGGUACCUCCGCUUUGUUGGUCCCAACCUUCAACACUCUGAGCCGGGCGUUUGGGGAUGCGUUCGGGACGAGGUUUCUCUUGUAUGGCGCCAAGUCCCUUGACGGGAUAACCAGGGCGAACGACAUGGUUUUGUUCGGGUUGGGCUAUCUUGUUGGCUAUCCGAUUGCAUCUGCGUCACUCGGUGCACUCCAAGGAUUGCUGGCAAACAAUGUGGUUGCACUGAAAGGAUCUUGCCCAAAUUGUGGUGAGCAGGUCUUUGCAUUUGUUAAGACGGAUAAAUCCGUUAAAGCACCCCACAAGGCAGAAUGCCAUGUCUGCGAGUGCCCGUUGGAGUACCGUACUAAAAUCGAGAGAUCUCUGUCUGGACCUAGAAGGAGCUGGGUUUAUGGCCGUGUUUACAUGGCAAAACAAGGACAUCCUAGGAAACGAAGAUGGAUAAAGGACUAGAAAUCCAUUGCUAGCUGUCGAAGAAAUAGAUCCAUAUCUAUCUUACUACUUGCGCCUGUAAUCUUACCGAUCUGAAGUGCUUAUUGUUCUCUUCAUUGAUCAAACCAAGCAUUUCGUAAAGCUGUCAUUCCAUUCUUUCCAGAGAUAUCCGAACUCUGCAAAUGAACAUUUGAUCAAAAUGAUGAAACAUUAUUAAUAAUUGUGUCCUUUUCAAGU